GGGUAGAUAGAAUGUAUAGGUAGCCAGGUAGAGCCAUUUAAUAUUGACGUUGUAGUUGAAAGAGUUAAACGCGGGACGACGGCCAUGCAACAUUAAGUAUUUUAGCUGGCUGGACAAAAACUGAAAUCAUGACAAUGGACUGUUUAGUACAGCAACCUAUUUGGACAGGAGGCUACCAUCAUGGUGGCCUUGCCUCUCUUCACUCUCAUUACUUCGCUCCGUACUACUUCCCCAGGAAACGCAGUUCCUUCUCCUGUUCCUACUUCUCAGGUCCUUAUGGUCUGCCCUCUAGAUUAGAUGACGAUGUGGCUUUUCCCACUGAUAUUAAAUUAGAGAGACCAGACGACUGUACCCCUGAGGAUGACAAGGAUUUCAAAAUCUGCGUGGUGUGCGGGGAGCGGGCUAGUGGCUACUACUUCGGAGCUCUUGUCUGUCUACCUUGCAAGAGUUUUUACAUAAGAUGCACAAAAGAUGGUGAGCCCACUUUCACCUGUCAAUGUAAUGGCAACUGCGACAUCGCCAAACAAGGCCGUAUUCGCUGCCAAUAUUGUCGUUACCAGCGCUGUCUUAUGGCGGGCAUGUGCAGAAAAGAAAAACCUGAAACAGUCCAGCCAGCAGAUGGCCAAGUUUUGUGUAAAGUAUGCGGGGACAUAGCCAAUGGAAUUCAUUUUGGAGUGAAUACAUGUGAAGGGUGUAAGAAAUUUUUUCGCCGUGGGUUAGUGGAAAACCAAAGUUACCUGUGCAAAAGUGAGAAGAAAUGUACAAUCAACCCACGAAAUCGCAACAAUUGCCGAUACUGCCGUUACCAAAAAUGCAUCAGUGUUGGCAUGUCCAGAGAAGCUAUAAAGAUGGGUCGUCCCAAGAAAGCAGAAACCACAGAAACUAACAAUUCUGCAAAUGUUGCAGAUGCUACAGAAUCUCCCUCCAUUUCCCCUAUUCCAUCCCCCACCCUCAACUUCUCACCAGGAUCCUCUCCCUCCAGACACCAGGUCAACGACAACAUGUUCGAUCUCUCCAAGGUCAAGGCUGAACCUUCCAACUGUGACCUUACAAACCUAUCCGCUACAUCUCUUAACAACUCCACUGCAGAGGUAAACUUGCCAAAGGCAACAUACAGCAGCCCAGCUCAGUCAUUCUCCAUCCCUUACACAGAGAGCUGGUCAACUUCAGCUCAACAUGACAUGCACUGGUCUCAGAAUCAGAGGACCCCCAACAUUAACUGGCAUCAGGAAAUUGCCCACUCUGUUGCUCAACAGCAAAUGGUAUCCAGUGUAACAACUUCCCAGACCGCUGCCAUGUCUGUUAGCAACACCAUGCCUGUCCAAAAUUCUGCUAUUCAAAGCAAUAAUGUAGUAUAUGAAGAGGAUGACAUGGAUGAUAUUUUGGCAUACCUCUCUCAAGAGCAGAAUCCAAUGGGGCCAAAGAAAAGUUGCAUGCAGGGCAUUCCAGAACAAGUGCCCAAUCAGAAUUUCUCUUCAGAGAGUGGGAUGCAACAUCAGGCGUGCAUGAUGAAUACCCAGUCUUCUGUGCCCAACUUUCCCAUCCCUUCACCAAAGCAGUUUAAACAACAGAUAAAUGAUUUUAACAACCAAAUGCUUCAGAAUGAUGGGUAUGGUCAGUUGAAUGUGGAUACUUCACCAGCCCAUUCCAGCUGUUCUAACACUGUCAGCUAUCCAAGUCCAACCUAUCAGUAUGGGAAUGGAUCCCCACACCACUACAGUGGCCAGACAUCCCCUGAACACUCCUAUGGACCCCACUCCCCUCCUUGCAUGCCUCCCUCUCCUCAGUAUCAACAGCAAUCAUCUCCAUACUCUCCAUGCCAAUACCAGAACUCUCCAUCCGAAGCCAACCACUACCAUGCUAACUCACCCCCGGUGGCCAGUCCUGGCUAUCCCUCUUCUCCGUCCAACAAUAGGUUCAGCCCUAUGAUGCCCUACCCCCAAAACACAUAUGCUCAGGGGCCUCCAGCAGGAGGCAUGAUGGGAGAUAACCACAGCAAAGAACUUCCCUAUGCUGACAUGAAAGCUCAGAUGAAAAUCAAUCAAAUGUUUAUGAAUUGUGAUGAUAAUGUACAGAACUACCCAGAAGAAUCUGCUAGUGGGUUUUUUUCUAGAACUGAUUUCGAUAGACAUCUCAUUUUGAAGACAUUGCAGAACUACAGAGGAACUGGACCUGAGUAUUGCUCAAGCCCAGAAUCCUCUCCUCACAGUUACCAUGACAACAGUGAUGACUCAAACGAAGCCUUUUACACAAACAGCUGUGGCCAGAAGCGUAAAGCCUGCAGUCCUAUGGGGCUACACUAUGGAAGCAUGGCAAAUAAUGGGUUUUAUGCUGAAAAUGAGAAAGACUUUCAGUGUGAGAACUACAGCAUGAUGAAAUCUCAAGCAUAUUGGAACGAGCCACUAAGACUGUCAGCUCAAGGUCCACCAUCAGAAGACAUGAUAGCCUUUACCAACCACAUUGUGGCAGGGUACUCCAAAUUUGUGGCUUCCUGUGAUGAAAGCAAAAAGCAUUCAUAUGAUGACAUACUGAAGAGUCAGUGGCCUGCUUUUGGAAAAGAAGAAAGUCACUGGAAUCAUGUGCAGAGAAGAGUGAUCAGAAAUAUCGUCUCCUUCAUGAACUUCAUUAGAACUGUUCCAGGAUUUGAGAACAUCAAUACUGAGGAUGCUGCUGAGCUCUGUAUGUUGAACUGCUUCCAUAUUGGCCUCAUUGUGGCUGCCAACAAUUAUUAUGAUAAAGAGUCCAAAAGAUUCAAAUAUUUCUGGAACUGGACGCUCUCUCCAAACAACCCGAUGUACUUCUUCAAGCUGCGUCUGCUCCAGUGCGGAGAACAGCUAAGCCAACUGAACAUGACUCUGAUGGAAGAAACAUUUCUCUCCAUUAUCUUGUUCUUGAGCACAGAUUUGUUAAACUUAAGAGAUCCAGCCACUCUGGAGUCACUGAGGCAAAAUAUGAUUCACAUUUUCCAGGCACAGUUGCUUGCACAAGGAGUGGACCCCAUUAAGCGUAUCCAGGAACUGUUCAGUGUCAUGCCAGAAUGCCGCCAUUGUUCCAUGUGGCACAAACAGCUCAUGAGGAAGAUGAAGAUCAACAUGGAGAUUCAGGAGGUUCACCAGCUCUUUGACAAAUUGGACCUGGAAAUUCAUUAGACAUGUGCCUUCACCAUUCCAAACAUUAAUGACUUGUUUUUGUUCUUCUGUACAUGUAUGACUUAAAAUCCUGGUGAUUUUGUUGAAAUACAUUUAACAUAUUACUCUAUUCACAGCUUAACAUAUGAAACUCGACAAUUGUCCAAACUUUGGACAUGAAUAUAUUUUAGAAAGUAAUAUAUGAACAAGCUGUCAAUGGAGUGACAUGUUGUGUGGGUCAGAGAGGAAUAUAGUUAGCAUAAAAAUCACUUCAUUUUUGACAAGGUUCCUUUGGAACUGAUAAGCCAUAUUAUAUCAUUUUUUAUGCUUUUAAUUUUAAGUUAGCUUUAUUUUAGUGUAAAAAUUUAUGUGUUGAAAACAGUUGAAAUUCUCAAUCCCAUGAUUCAAUUCUGAAAGGGGGUUGAUUUAUAUGUUUUUGAAGAUUUUUUUUUUCGAAAGGUUUUGCAUAAUAUGAUGUUUCAUUGUUUGCCAAAAUUGAGAUAUAAUUGAAGUGAACUUUUUUGAAAUUACUAACAGUCACUGUGCAAUUAGACUCAUCACCCAGAUGGGAGGUGAAAGAAAUACACGAUUUACUAAUUUUACAUUUUUUUUUUUUUUUUAAUUUUAAUGGAAACAUUUUCUUUUUGGAAAAUGCCAAGAAGUCUAUUUUUGUUAAACACAUAUUUUAGAUUCCCUGUAGGUUGCAAGUGCAAACAUGUAAAUUAAACCAAGUUUUUUUUUUUUUUUAU